AGUUCUUCCGAGUUACCUCAACACACUAACCUUGCGAGUGCUUUCUCCUCAAAGCAAAGCUAGUGCAGCUGCCGCACCCGCGCCAGUUUCUUUCAGGCUUGUGACUAUGGUGAGGGUUAGUGUCUUGAAUGACGCUCUCAAGAGCAUGUACAAUGCUGAGAAACGGGGGAAGCGCCAAGUCAUGAUCCGGCCAUCCUCAAAAGUGAUUAUAAAAUUCCUUUUGGUGAUGCAGAAACACGGAUACAUUGGGGAGUUCGAAUAUGUUGAUGAUCACAGGGCUGGAAAAAUUGUGGUAGAGUUGAAUGGUAGAUUGAAUAAGUGUGGUGUUAUUAGUCCCCGCUUUGACGUUGGUGUCAAAGAGGUAGAAGGUUGGACUGCAAGGCUGCUUCCCUCUAGACAGUUUGGGUAUAUUGUCUUGACUACCUCUGCUGGUAUCAUGGAUCAUGAAGAAGCUAGGAGAAAGAAUGUCGGUGGUAAAGUGCUGGGUUUCUUCUACUAGGCAAGAAUUUGUGUGAAGAUCGCACCUGAUUUCAGUUUUUGAGAGACUCGUCGAUUGUAAUGAAAGAUGUGCUAGUUUUGAAGUGAUAUCAGUCACGGAAAACAAGAGAUGUGCUUUAAUAUUUUUUGCGUGGUUAUCAAAAUCUUUCUUUCUUAGACUAUAAAUCAUUAAAAGCGAUUGAAAACUCGUCAUAAGUCAUUUAAAGCGAAAGAGUUACAGUUUUAUGCCUUUAUUUUA